CAUUGAUCUUUUCAGAGUUUACCUGUAUAUAAUUGUAUACCUCUGUGGGUUACUUGUCAGGAAAGAAAGGAUUAAUUGUGUAUUAACACAACUAUUGUAAUUCUAGGGAAUACAUUUCAUUAUCAGACAUAAUUUUAGAUGAUUUUUGGAUCUGAUUGAAUGGUUUAUGAUGUAGAAGAAAUAUUUAUUUGAAAAUGGAAUAAGAAAAAAUGAUAAGCAGAUAGAUGUUUGUAUGGAAUUAGCAUUAUAAACCCAUGUGUUGACAUUAACAUCCAUGCUUCUACUGAACAUCAAACUGACAAUUAAUUAGCUUUCUAUAAAGGACUUGAUCAUUAGAGAUGGCGGGAGGAGUUGGAUUUAUACGAGUGAAACUUCUCCAGGUGGAGAAAGGGAGUUCAAUGGACUCAGUAACCCCAAUGUUUGACCCUUACGUAGCUGUAAAUGUGAAGGAGUCUGUUCAAACACCAGGUCGAGGUAUUCAGCAAGUUCAGAAAAAGCGAACAAUUUAUCCUGAAUGGAAUACAUGUUUUGAUGCUCAUUUGUAUGAUGGCAGAGUUAUCAACCUUGUUGUCAUGGAGAAACCAAAUAGAUUUUUAGCAGAAAUAACAUUAUCAGCAAAAGUAUUGGCAGAAAAAUGCACAGAUGGAAAUAUAGCAACUGCCUGGUUAGAUUUGAAACCAUCCGGAAGAUUACAGAUACAAGUCAGAUUUUUUUCAGAACAAGAAGAACAAGUGCCAUUUAUUGAUACUGAGAAAAAACAAGAGACAGGCGGCAUAACACGCAGACGAGGUGCAAUCAAACAAGCUAAAGUACAUGAAGUCAAAGGUCACCAAUUCAUUGCAAAGUUCUUCCGUCAAUUUACAUAUUGUUCAUUCUGUAAUGAGUUUAUAUGGGGACUUAACAAACAGGGCUACCAGUGUAAAGUUUGCAAUUGUGCAGUUCACAAGAAAUGCCAUUCACAGAUUUUGGGAACCUGUCCUGGAAGUGCUAAGGAUAGUAGGGAAACAAAGAUGAUGUCAGAGAGAUUCAACAUAAAUGUUCCACAUCGAUUUAAAGUAAAUAAUUACAUGUCUCCGACAUUCUGUGAUCACUGUGGCACCCUGCUGUAUGGUCUGUUCAGACAAGGUUUAAAAUGUGAUGUUUGUGGUGUAAACUGUCAUAAGAAAUGUCAAAAAUUGAUGCCUAAUCUAUGUGGAAUCAAUCAGAAAAUGUUGGCAGAAAAAUUAAAUGAAAUUAGAAAAAUGCCAAGUCAAAAGAAAGGCAAGACUGGCAUGUCCAAUAACACAUCAACCACUAGUGUACAUGUACAAAUGCGUAAUGGUAAAUCAGGGAAAGGAUCAAAGUCCUCACAAUUAAAUUCUGAUGGAAAGGAAGAUGAAAGUUCUGAUGACGAAUAUUUAGGUUACGACCAGAUUUGGGGAAAAGAUGGUGCCCCUUUACAACCUCCAGGUGGUGGACCUCCUGGUCCACCCAGAAAGAAAUUCACUACAUCUGAUUUUACAUUCCUUAAAGUUUUGGGUAAAGGAAGCUUUGGAAAGGUCAUGUUAGCUGAACAUAAGGGAAAGAAACAGUAUUAUGCUGUUAAGGUACUUAAAAAGGAUGUAGUAUUAGAGGAUGACGAUGUGGAAUGUACAAUGAUAGAAAAACGUGUUUUAGCAUUGGGUUGCAGCCAUCCCUAUCUGACACAUUUACACAGUACAUUUCAUACCCAGGGUCAUUUAUUUUUUGUAAUGGAGUAUUUAAAUGGUGGAGAUUUAAUGUUCCAUAUACAGCUGUCAGGGAAAUUUGAAUUCCCUAGAGCACAAUUUUAUGCAGCUGAAAUAUGUUUAGGAUUAGAAUUUUUGCAUUCCAAUGGUAUAAUUUAUAGAGAUUUAAAAUUAGACAAUGUGUUAUUAGAUAAAGAAGGACAUAUCAAGAUUGCAGAUUUCGGCAUGUGUAAAGAGAGAGUAUUUGGUGAAAAUAAAGCAACAACUUUUUGUGGGACACCUGAUUAUAUAGCGUAUGAAAUAUUAAAAGGCCAGAAGUAUAACUCUUCAGUGGAUUGGUGGUCUUUUGGUGUAUUAUUAUAUGAGAUGUUGAUAGGACAGUCACCUUUCCAUGGUGAUGAUGAGGAAGACUUGUUCCAUUCCAUCAUGAACGAUACACCACAUUAUCCAAGAUGGCUUGCCAAAGAGGCUUCUUCAUUACUUAGUUUGCUAUUUGAAAGAACUCCAAAAGUUCGUAUGGGUAUGCCUGAUUGUGUAGCAGGACCAAUUAGAAUGCAGGCAUUUUUCAGGAACAUUGAUUGGGAGAAAAUGGAAAGACGAAUGGUUGACCCACCAUUUAAACCUACAAUUAAAUCUGCUCAUGAUAUAUCUAACUUUGACACUGACUUUACAAUGGAAAAACCAAACAUAACACCACCAGACAAGGAUUAUAUCAAAACAAUGAACCAGAAAGUCUUUAUGGGAUUUAGCUUUACCAGUGCUAUGGCUGAUGAAUGAACGACCAUUUAAAUGACUCAUUACAAAUGCUCAUAUAACAUUGUACAAUCAAAUGCAAUCUGUGAUACGAUAAUUGUAGAAAAUUAUUGCAUGAUACACUGUCAUUUAGAAUUGUUUCGGUUAAUAGCAGUUAGAGGUUUAAUAUUUAUGUUUAUGGGCAAGUUGGAAAUGGGCACUAAGCUCCUACUGAAUGAGAUAUAGAAAUGAAACAUGUUGUUUUCUUGAUAGUUGAAUUUGAAAUAACCCAUGAAACUUGUAAAAAAAAUUGAUAACAUCUUAGUCAGGGGAACCUAUGGCUUAUUUGUACAACAGAGCGUACUUAUGCACUAAAACUUGCAUUAUUACUGAUGCAAUCAUUUUAGUGGCCUUCUGUUCUUUCAGUGUACGUCUAUUUAGAAUGACGGAAUACAUGAUGCAGAGUGUAGUAGAUACUCCUCCUUUCUAAUAUCUUCCUGUUAAUAUGUUUGCAUGAAGUUGGAAUCAUGUCAAAAGAUGUUAAGGUUCUUAUUCAAUACCUAAGGUGGUAUACACACAUAUAUAGUCAUUGAUCACUCUUACAGAAGCACCCAAUUAUUAGGAAAACGAGAGAACUGAGGUAUAAAAUUGAUUGGGAUAACUCGUUAUCAUGUUCAUUAUUUGAGUCAAUGCCUUUUAAAUUAACCAUUUUAAUAAUAUUGUUCAAUACCCAAACUCAAAUUGGAUGAUCCCAAAUCCAUAAUGAAAAUGUUUUGAAAAAUAACUUACCCAUGGUCAUUCUCACCAAGUUAAGAUAAACCCAAGAUUCACGCCCAAGAUUUAUCAAUUUUAUCAUAAAUCAUUAGUUGGUGAACUCAGCAUAAUUUUAACGAACCAUCCUUGGGAAUUCAUCUUGCCUGUUUGCUCUAAUUUGCAGUGUGCAUUUAUUUAUAUGUUUCAAUAAUAUGUUGAGUUUUUGGUUUAAAUUAUGUACUAAGUCUUGCAACAUUUCAUCAUCACAUUUUUUUUUAAUUUUGAAAGGACCAACUUUGCAUGGCAACUAAUAUUGGAGAUAUUUUCUCUCUCUUUUUGAAGUUUUUGCUGAGUUUGUAUAUUAAAUUCUUGGUGGUAGAUAUUCUUGCCAUAUAUUGUAUACAUUAUGAGUUGACUGGUUGGCACUAAACACCUGAAUCAUUGAUAUACAAUAUAAUGAGAAUACAGGGUUGUGUUUAGUAUUGUAGCAGCGAAGUAUAGCCGAUAUGUCCUAGAUAUUAAUCUAUGCUGAACAAUAUGCUAUGUAGCUAGGCUAACAAAGUUGGUGUUGAUAAUACUAUCAGUCCGAGGCCAUUUUGGUUUCUCUAAAUAGCAUGAAUUUUUUUAUUUAGAUCUAAUAAGUGUUAAGUUCAGUAGUCCGAAUUAUUUAAGUAAACCUACAUAGCGGCUGCAAUGUUGAAUGUAAACCUGUACUAUAUUUGAUAGGAAAAUAAAUCUUUAAAUUAUUUCUCUAAAUGAUGUUUUACUUUCAUUACACUUUGCAAUAGUAAUAUGUAAAUUGACUUUAUUUUCCAUUUGUAUAUUUAAUUUCAUUUCAUUUACAAAUUUUAUUUUGUCAUGCUAUGAUUCUACAAAGUAGAUGAAGACUGAUUUUUUUAAGGGUAACAACAUCUUUGUCAACUGCACAUAAAAUAAACAUAUACCAUUA